CUGGGAUGCAAGUCUGGUUGCAAGGAAGCAGUGGAGGUCCUACUAAAUCACAGAGCUGAUGUUACUUUGAUGGAUCAGCAUGGACACAGUGUUUGCACUAUGCACAGCUCUCCAAAAACCCAGAAGUGUUGACUUUGAUCAGAGCUGCAGUGGAGAAGGCAGGUUAAAGGUAAGAAUCAAGUGUGAAAUUACACCAACCAGCUCAGGCUGCUGAAAUGCCACAGAAGCUAGAUCAAAAACAUCUUCCAGUUGAAACCAGUUUAGCAUCAAGUCAGAAGGAGCAACGUGCUAUAAAGGAGCUUCAGAUUGAAAACGAGGAUCUCAAAGGAAGGUUGAAAAAACUCCAUCAUGAGCAGAAGGCCUUCCUGGAGAGAGUCAGCGGACUUCAGAAACAACUGAACCAGGAGUGCAAGUCAGUGGGAGAGCUUCAGAAUGAGAAACAGCAGCUGAAAAAUCUACUGAUGGCAAGAGACCGAGAACAGGAAGACAAUUUGAAGAUGCUCGAGAACCUGAAAGCAAAACUUAAAACUUAUGAGACUGGGCAUCUGUAUGAGCAGAUGACAUCUGGCAUCCAGGUGGCAAAAGAACUGGCUCUUAAGGAGGUUAACCUCUCGGGCAUGGAGUUACAACAAUCUUCCAAGUCAGUUGCUGGUUCAAGUGAUAUGUUGCUGACUGAUCAAAGCACGCCUGGUGCAUAUGAAACUUUGAAGAAGGAUCUAGAGAUGAUGAGGAGGAGGUUGGAGAUGGCAAAGAAAGAGAAAGGCAGUCUCCAACAGGAGCUACUGAACAGGAAUAGGCAGUGUGAUGUCUUAAGAGAGGAGCUUGACCGUGUGAAGCAGGAAUCUGAGGAGCAAAUUAAGCAGCUGGAGGAUGCGUUAAGUGAUGUGCAGAAGCGAAUGUUUGAGUCAGAAGGUAAAGUGAAGAUCCUACAAGCACACGUUAAUGCCCUGAAGGAUCACCUUUCAAAGCAGGGCUCAGUGGGAAGCAGUAGGGUGGUGGACGAACUUAAGAAUCAGCUGAGGGAAGUGAAAUCGAAACACGAGGAAGCUGUGGCUAACGUGGAGAGACUGCAACACCAAGUUAAACUCGGUGCUUUAUCAAUCGAGGAAUCGGCUGAGGCAACCGAGUUGGAGCAGUACAAGCAGGAGGUGAAAGAGCUGCAGAAGACUUUGAGUGCAACGGAGCAAGGAAAGCGAGAGGCAGAGAAGAGAGUUAGUGCAGUUGAAAGUGAACUGAAGAGCGUGAAGGCAAAGUUGUCACAGUGUGUGCUGGCUGAGGAGUUUGAGAACAUGAGGAAUUCAUCCCUCAGUACUUUGGAAGAGAAGGAGAAACAGGUGGCGUUAGUGAAGAGUAAAUAUGAGAGAGCUCAGAUGGAAGUUAUUCAGUUGCAGAAGGACUUGGAGCGAGAACAAGGUCAGACAGCUGCGUGUGUGAAGAUUGAGCAGUACCAGUUACUGAAGAGAACGUUGGAGAACCAGAGCAGUACCCUUACUGAUGUUACACAGAAGCAUCAGAAGCUGCAAAAGGAAAGUGAAGCUAUUCAACUGGAAAAUGUUACCAUCAAAGCUGAGCUGGAAGAGCUGAAACACAAGCUGAAAACACAUUAUGUACCUUUGACGACACAUGAUGAAAUGAAAGCUUCAAUGAACCAGACGGUUCAAGAUCUGAACAAGCAAGUUUCUGAGGUGUCACAAAAGUACAAGGAAGUGAUCAGAGAAGCAGAAGCAUUAAAACUUGAGAAGAACACUAUAAGUGAAAAUCUGAAUCAUGUGAAGACUCACUAUGUUCCUGCAGAGAAACACAAAGAGGAGAUAACAGCUCUGAAUUCCAUCGUUGGCAAGUCGAAGAAGGAGUUGGAAGAACUCAGUAAGAAGUAUGGCCAGGCACAACAACAGACUGAGAACGUACUCAAAGAAAUUGUUACUGUGAAAGACUCAUUGAAGAAUCAAUAUGUGCCGCUGGAAAAGCAUGAAGAACUGAAAACCCACCUGAACACCACUUCAGAGAAAGCUGCGUUGGAGCUGUUGGCAGUGAAACAGAAAUGCAGUGAAGUACAGAGCAAGCUAGCAAGGUGUGAGAAAGAAAAUAAGGAACUGAAAGACCAGCUGGCAGUCCUUCGAGAACAAGUGCAGAAAGACUACGUAAGUCUUCAACAGCAUGAAGAAAUGAAGGCUGCCUUGAACAGAAAGGGGGAGGAACUGCAAAUGAAGGUUGAUGAUUCUCAAGUGAAUUACAAGAAGGUUCAGGAGAAAGUUGUUGCACUGAACAAGGAAAAGGAAAGCCAGGCGAAUGAACUUCGAACACUACAAGAAUCCAUCAAGUCACAGUUUGUUCCCAUUAAAAAUUACGAAGAAAACGAGAAUAAAUUUAAUGCCCUGGUGAACGAACUGAAGAAUCAGUUGUCAGAGAAGACUCAGCAAUGCUCUGUGGUCCAAGAGCAAGCUGAACGAUAUAAGGGAGAGACAGAAGAGCUGAUGCAAAGGGUUACACAGUUGGAGCAAAACCUGGAGUGUCAUUAUAUUCCCAAAGCUGUGCAUGAAGAAAUGAAAAGCAAGUUUGUCAGUGGUAUGGGAGAAAAGGUUGAGCAAGUGGAGGAAGUGAAGAAGAGGUUUGCAGAUGCUGAGUUGCAGAACGAAAGGUCACAGGCAGAGAAUGCCAGGCUCCAGUUGGCCAUCCAAGAGUUGGAAGAGAAAAUACAGUCAGAGUACAUUCCUAUUGAGGAGUUUGAAACCAUGAAAACAUCACUAAACAACAGAGUUACAGAGCUGCAGGAGGAAAAGGAAAAAGUGAAGGUUUCUUGGGUGCAGGAGCGAGAAAAAGUAGGCAACCUCCUCCUCCAGAUGGAUGAUCAGAAGAAGAAUUCUGUACCACUUCAAAGGCACAAUGAAUUGAAAGAGAAGUUGGAGGAAGAUAUUGUAGGGCUGAAGAACCAGAUGAAUGAGAGAGAGGAAGAAAUGAAAGGAAAAGUUUUGGAGAUUUCCAAACUGCAGAUGGACUCUGAAGCGAUGACCAGAACAAUAGCAGAACUGAAGGCAAGGCAAGCGUUGGACCUGUCACAGCACGAAAGUGUGAAGACCUCUUUAGAAGUGCAGAUAAACUCGCUAAAUGAAAACCUGGCAAAGUUGAAGGAGAAGCAUGAUCAAAUGUCUACAGAAGUGUUGCGUGCCAAAGAGAAAGAGCUGUCAGCUAAAGAUGAAAAGGAGACCUUUCAAUCGAGAACAUUCAGCUUUGAGCAGGAAAUUAAGGAGCUGAAAAACAAAUACGAUGAAUCCAUGGCAACAAUCUGUGAUCUGCAGAAAAGUAUUCAGGAAUCUGCCAAGCAAAUUGAGGCCAAGGAUAACAAGAUAACAGAACUGUUAAAUGAUGUGGAGAGGCUGAAGCAGGCGUUAAAUGGUCUAUCACAGCUUUCCUACUCUGCCAGUAACCCCAAGAGACCAAGCCAGCAAAUGGAAGCACUCCAGAGCCAAGUCAAGAACCUGGAGCAACAGCUGGCUGAUGCUGACAGACAACACCGCGAGGUUAUUGCAAUUUAUCGGACACACCUUCUCAAUGCUGCACAGGGUCACAUGGAUGAAGAUGUGCAAGCUGCCUUGUUACAGAUCAUUCGGAUGCGGCAGGAGUUUAUCUGCUAGCAGAAUCCUGGCGCCCAAGUAUUUACCACUGCUGUGUAAAGGCUGUAACAAGACUACUUGAAGCUGCUGUACUAUUUACCUGGUGGCCGAAAUUCUUCACCUUUUUGUUUAAAAAGAACAUUAUAUUGGGGGGAAAAAAGUAAAACCAAUCCAAUUUGCACCCUCCCAAGUUAGUCAUUUAAGAUUUAUUGCUUAAAAAGAGUACAAAGCAGUUCAGCUUAUUGGAACAAGAGAAAAUAAAUGCUACAGACUGAAGUUACAUUUUCAUUUGAUGCCAUUGCCGUUUGAUUAGUUUCCACUCCAAUCUUAAUCCCUGCCUGACCCCUUGGGAAACUUGUAGCCACAAAGAUCUGCUUAACUUGCGCUGUGGCCCCAGGGGCUUAACAUCUUAUUGGACUUGGAUUGAGCUGUACUGUGACAUUUACAGAACUUGAAGUGUGAAAAGUUGCUAUAAAACCCAACAUCCGAUGGACAAAUGUUCUUUUUAGAUCCAAUCCCUUUCAUGGGCCUCCUGGGAUUUGGUGAGGUUUGAAUCCACAGGAAGGUUUCCAGACGUAACAAACUUAAAGCAAACGUUUAGUUUCCUUUGAUGUCCAACUUGAGCCACAAACACUUCAUAAAAAGAUUGCAUUUUGCUUUUUAGAACCAUCGGCAGUGAUGGCAUGCCUGUAUCCACCAACCAUUGGCAUCUCGACACACGGUUGCAACUUGUUUUUUUUUUGUAAAUUGGCCAUCUGGAAUAUUUUAGUUUGCUUUUCAAACAGGCCAUUUAUUUCCUCAAAUGUGGAGGCUGUUAUUGAGGAAAGGAUAUGUCACAACCCAAGUGUGUCAAAGUAAAAAGAGAAAGGCUAACAAUGUUUGAGCUGUUGAGCCAUAGGCAGAUCUUCUGAGGAGGGAAGGGAUAUUGCACAGUUCACCACAAUCAAAGGGUUACUAUCUGCAGCAUUUGUAGUUCUUUUUCCUUUUUAUCAAAUAAUUCCCAUCCACUCUGUGAUACAGUUCACUUCCCUUCCCCAUCCUGUGUGAUCGGAGUCAUGGCUUGCAUGGCAAUUCUGUCGUGUGUGUCCCUUGUGACAAAGGGGCUAGAAAGGAGGGACCAUAGAUCACAGCUAUUGCUGUACACACAUGCCCAGUAUGUGUGCCCUAGCUGUGUAACAUUAAGUUAAGGCCAUUGCUGUCAUCUGAAAUUAAGUGGAAUGGGUUCUCUUCACAUUUGGUACCUAAAAGUUACUUUAAUCGCUGAAGGAUUAUGAUACUCUUUCACCACUGAAUUGUAGGGACCCUGUCUUUAGCAUAGGAGCUUAAACUUAAAGGAUGAGAUGGCUACUAACAAUUUGGACUUGACACAAAAAUCUGACUUCUUAAGUCCCUGAAGCCACCAUUAGUAUAUUCAUGCAAGAAGCUAUAAUAUGAAAUUACUUGUAUAUCAACAGAGGGCUAACCCAGUUAAAAUUAAUAGGGUAAUGUCAAUAUUAUUUCAAAGCAAGUAUGUUAUAUAAACCUACAGCAAUGUCCAUAUACUCUAGUUUCAAUGCUGACCCCCUAAUUCCAGAUUGAAGCCAACUGCAACAUAACAUUUCCUUUAUAAAGUUACUUGGCUGGCCAAGUCUGAGUUAUAACUUAACUGUUAAUCAAAAUGCUAUCUUUGUGCAGCAAGCUGAUGUAGUUUGUAGGUUUGCAUUAGGUUUCUGUUGUACUCUGUUACCUCUUAGUGCAGUUAGAAGAACUGUUCUUUCUAAUAGAUUCUUUAUAGAACCGAGGUACUGUGGUAUUUCUCAGCUGGACUGGUCAUGCUGUUUUUGUUACUGAAUAAUAUUGGAUACCUAGACGUCUGUUUAAUUUUGACAGUAUUCAUCACUUUAUUCCUCACCCACAUCAAAUGGUUAUCUAUUUGUAAUGUGAUUGGAACAAAUGUUACGUGAAUGAAUAUUAUAUAUCUAAUUAUA